AAUGAUACGAUUACUCACCGACUCUCAUGGCAACGCAGCACAGCUGAUUUCUCUCCCUCCUUCCUUCUCUCUCUAUCUCUCUCUUUCUUUCUCCAUAUUUUGUGUCUCUUUCUCUUUCUCACUCACCGCUGAGAAAUGAGUGGAAUUUCUCAUCCAUCUGAGACAGUAAUUUUGUCUUUUGUUUCCUUUCUCUCAUUCCUUCCUUCCCUUCCCCUCUCUCUGACUACACCUCUCUGGCGUCCUACUCCUGUCACUGGGCCAAGGGAAUAGUGCGCACAUGGAAUUUCCUCUCUGUCUCUCUCCUUCUCUCUGUCCUCCUGUCUGUCUCUCUCCUUCUCUCUCCAUUCCUGUCUCUUUCAUCUCUCUCAACCCCCACCCCACCCAUUCCCUCCUUCUGUCUCUGCGGGACAGUCCAAUCUGUUAGCUUAGCCAUAGGGCUAAUAUCUUGACUAUAAGCUGAUUAGCUGCUGCUGAGCUAGUUUUUAGCCUUUUAGCCUAGUAGUAGUUAGCGUUUAGUUAGCCCUGGAGCUGAAGGAGGUGUGUGGACGGGCUGAGCUCCAUCCAGGCACGACUCGCUGUUUCUAUUCUGCUGAGAGAGACGCACGCAACAACCGCUGCAGCAGGUCGUACGAAGAGCAGCUCCCUCCCUCUCCACUUCUUUCUCUCUCCUCUUCAGACUCUCCCUCUCUUUCUCUCUGAUGCAGCCUGACUCUCUCUCUCCCUCCCUCCCUCCCUCCCUCCCUCCUGUUUCUCUCCCCACUUCUGGAGUGCAGCCUGUCCCGGGGCAACUGACUGACUGCGUGUGUUCCUGCAUCACCUUGCAGUCAGCUUGCCUGCCUGUGGCGGACUGCCCUUUUACCUUUUUGUCUCUUUCUCUUUCUCGCUCACUGUCUCUCCACUUUGUCCCGUACCUUUUCCUAUUUCUCCAUCUGUCCCGCUCGUUACCCCUCUCACCCCUCUUGGACUGGCAAAAUGUAUCGGAACCCGUGGAUCUCCAACUACCUGAGCCAUGUCAAGUUCUGCGGCCAAGGACUCGGGGGUGAAACACCCAUUAAACUCGGCAGAUCCAGACUGUUAGCGAACAGAGCGUUAAGCUUCCAGGAAGAGUUGUCAUUUGACGAAAAGGACGACCCUGCCAAGAACACCAAAGAUAUAGAUGUCAGUGUCUUGGUAAAUCUCCCCAAAGUUUCAGAAUUGAGGAAGCGCUUUGAAGGUAUCAGCACAAACUCAAGUGACUGGGAGAUGAACAGGAAGGAGCGUAUCGCUCGGCGUCUGGAGGGGAUCGAGGGGGAGGCUCAACCCGCCCUGCUGCCCAGCUGUGGGGGCCUGCUGACCCACCGCCUGCUGGAGGAAGACACCCCUCGCUACACACGGGCCUCCGACCUCUGUGAGCCCCGCGCGGUCACUGUCCAGCGGUACAGCCGUGAGGAUGGCCCCGACGGCAUGAGGCUCCCUCCGUCCGACCACCAGCCCAGGACGCGCCACCGUCCCCACCCCCAGCCUGCGGUCAGCACGGAGCCCGCCUGCAGCUCCACCGACAGCGCCCUGGAGGCGGAGUCCAAGGCGGAGCGCAUCGCCCGCUACAAGGCGGAGCGCCGCCGCCAGCUUGCCGAGCGCUACGGUAUCUCCCUGGACACGGAGCCCGCGGAGCCCACGGAUAACUCCUCCUCCGCCGGCGGCACGCGCCAAGCCAACGCUCGUGGGAGCAAGGGCUCCGACGGCCCCGAUAGACCCGCGCACAGAGAGGCCGAGGACGGCCCCAGAGCGGGCCGCGCGGCCCCCCGCACCGACCCCGAGCCGGCGCCCGCCCGGGGGCGCCCCCGCCUGGACUCCCUCUCCGAGAGGGAGAGGGCCAUGAACCUGGAGAACCAGCGCAGGGCUCAGGAGAGGAGCGUGGAGCCCCCUCCCUCCUCCUGCUCCUACAUGGACGUGACCUCCUCGUCUUCCUCCGGCGCCUGGCCGCCCCCCAGGGACCAGGCCGUGGCAGGGAUGCCGCCCAGCUCGCCCAAGACGGGCCGACGGCCGUCCCUCCCCUCCCCCAGGCAGGGCACGUCGCCCGGGGAUCUGUUCAUCGAACAGCAGGCCCACAACAUCCUCAGCAGACAGGGGUCUUGCGUGAGUUCUGAGCUGAACAGUACAGAAGAUGAAGAGAAGCUAGAUGAGCGAUCCAAACUGAGUGUGGCAGCCAAGCGCUCUCUCUUCAGGGAGUUGGAGAAGAGCAUCGAUGGCGGCCCCCCGAAGGUCCGUUCACGGAACGCAGCGGUGGACAGGCGUCUGAGGAGAGGCCAGGACCGCUCCCGCACCCAGCCCGUCACAACGGAGGAGGUGGUCAUCGCUGCUACACUCCAGGCGUCAUCGCAGCAGAGCGCGGCGGCCCGAGCAGCCCGUCAAUCCCAGGAUGCCUUGCAGCAGCAGCAGCAGCAGAGUCAGCAGCGUUCCCAGGAGGCCAGUCCAGAGGAUGAGCCUGACCUCUCCACCCUGAGUCUUGCCCAGAAGAUGGCCCUGUUCAACCGCCUGGCCCAGCCCGCCACACGGGUGACCCGCGCGCGGCCCGACACACGCCAGCGUCGCUCCAACGCCCGCUACCAGACCCAGCCAAUCACCUUAGGAGACAUGGAGCAGGAGUCCUCCUCCACAGAGCCCUCUGAGAAGGAGCUGAGCGACAGCCCGCUAGAACCCUUCCUACAGGCCCCGCUCACACAAUUGCACCACGGAGCUGCAUCCAAGCUGUCCUCCUCCUCCUCACUGUCCACGCUCCGACCAGGAGGCACCUUCUCCACAGACCACGCCGGAGACAUCCACCUGGCCCAGGCCAGUGUGCCCGACGAGCCCAGCCCCACGGCCCCCGUCCCUGGGUACUACGAGAGGUCUGGCCCCCGGAGCCCCCACAACCCCAUCACCCAGACCACCCCUCACCUCCCUGCCCAGGCCACGGACGGGGCAGGCUGGAGACCAGAGCUGCCUUCUCAGGCCUCUCUGGACCAGCACCAGCAGCAGGCCCAGCACGAGUUGGAGUUGCCCCAGGGAGAGGAAGCUGGUCUGGGGGGAGGGAAGAGGAAGCUGGCCUCUCCGGACAGAGCAGUACAACAAACUCCCCCGCCCCAACCCCAGGGGAGAAUGUUGGAUGAGCAGAGGGACUAUAUGUGGGAGAGCCAAUCCUCACAUGAACUACCCUACCCAGAAGACCAGAUGUCCACAGGCAUCAUUGCAGAGCCCUGUGUGGCAUCAUCAUCACCACAGACGAGAGCAGCGGCUGCCACAGCGUCGUCCUGCUCCAGGAGUGUGCCCCGGGCUGCACACACACAGGAACCCUGCUCGUCUGCACCCCCCACCGCCGGGGAGCCGGGCACGGACACGCGCGCUGACGGCAGCGAACACAGACCCUGCCCGCUUCAGCCAGAGACGGAAGACGACCUGACGGAAGCCAUGUCGGCCAGACAGAUGUCCAUCAAAGAGAGACUGGCCCUGCUGAAGAAGAGCGGUGAAGAUGACUGGCGCAACCGCAUCAACAGGAAGCAGGAUGUGGUCAAAGCUGCAGUGUCGGAGCAACACGUUCAACUCUGGGAGGUGGAGCAGAACUUCAAAAAGAAGGACGAAGGGCCCAUGGUGAUCGAUGAUUUUGCCGUGGCGGAUCAACUCUGGGAGCCAGUCUUUGCCGCUACCUUGUCCCCUCCUCCCGAGCCCCCUGUCCACAUAACUCCCCAUGAUGCCCCCCCAACCCAGGCCGCUCCACCUAAACCCCUGCAGCAGUUGCAGGUGGAUGAGAGACAUCCUUGGAGAUGGAAGAGGAUGGGUGAGGAGCUGGAGAUGCAGCGUAUCGAGGCCCACAUGUCCAUCCAGGAGAGGAAGCAGAUGAUCUGCACCCGGGAGGAGGCCUGGAAGUCCAAGGGCCGCGGCGCCGCCAACGACUCCACGCAGUUCACCGUGGCCGGGCGCAUGGUUAAGAAAGGUCUGGCGGCUCCCUCAGCUCUCCUCUCUCCAGUUCUCUCCAAACCCAAGACCAGCAGUCCUGCCAUCUCCAAACCACAAGAAGAGAUAGAGGCCAAGCCAGACAUGAACUUGGAGACAGACAGGAAGCUGGAUAAGCUUGAGUCCUUCCUGGGCAAGCUGAACAGUAAAGUGGCAGGCCUGUCAGAAACCACCAUCACAGUGACGGAGAAGAAGGUGAAGGAGGUGAUGGACCUUGACGAUGAGAUCUUCUCCAAGUUCUACCGCCACGCGGCUGAGCUGCCACACCUGAGCUGCCAGGUGGACCUCGAGGAGGACUUUGAUGCCAUAUUCGGCACCAGCAUGCCCAUGUUGACCUCCGACAUGGUGCAGCACAAGCGGGCAGUGCGACCGGCCCGGAACGUUCCGGCGUCCAGGAACCCCCUGAAGAUGCUGGCGGCGAGGGAGGACAUCCGCCACGAGUACACGGAGCAGAGGCUCAACAUCGGCCUGCUGGAGAGCAAGAUGAAGGCAGAGAAGAUGAGUAAGAACUCAGGUUUCUCAGAGGUUGCUCUAGCCGGUCUGGCCAGUAAGGAGAACUUUAGCAGUGUUCACCUACGCAGUGUCAGCAUUUCAGAGCAGACAUCCAACAACAGUGCCUUGCCCUACAAGAAGCUCAUGCUGAUCCAGGUCAAAGGUCGCCGCCACGUCCAGACCAGGCUUGUUGAGCCCAGAUCAUCUUCGUUGAACAGCGGAGACUGCUUUCUGCUUGUCACACGCCAAUACUGCUUUAUUUGGACUGGGGAGUUUGCCAAUGUCAUUGAAAAGGCCAAGGCUGCAGAGAUGGCCGCCUUCAUCCAGACCAAGCGGGACCUGGGCUGCAAGGCAGACUACGUCCAGGUGAUCGAGGAAGGCAUCAACACACACAGCCAUGCUGCUAAGGACUUCUGGAAGGUUCUAGGCGGACAGACCAGCUACCAGGCUGCUGGGACGCCCGAUGAGGAUGAGCUGUACGAGAGUGCCAUCGUGGAGACCAACUGCAUCUACCGCCUGCUUGAUGACAAACUGGUGCCCGAUGACGACUUCUGGGGCAAAGUCCCCCGCUGCACUCUGCUCCGACCCACAGAGGUGCUGGUGUUUGACUUUGGUAGCGAAGUGUACGUGUGGCACGGCAAGGAGGUGACGCUGGCACAGAGGAAGGUGGCCUUCCAGCUAGCCAAGCACCUGUGGAACGGCACCUUCGACUACACCUGCUGCGACAUCAACCCCCUGGACCCCGGGGAAUGCAACGCCCUCAUACCCAAGAAGGGCCAAGGCCGUCCAGACUGGGCCGUGUUCGGGAGGCUGACUCAGCACAACGAGACCACCCUGUUUAAGGAGAAGUUCCUGGACUGGACCGACGCCAAGAAGACUCCCGCUGCCGGCGUCGUCACCGCCAAGAACGGCCACAAUCACCACAACCAACACAAGGAGCAGCAGGGAGCGGAGCAGCCGCGCCCGUACGACGCCGCCCUCAUGCUGCCCCUCCUCCAGGCGCCGGUGCGCACCGUGCUGGACGGCCUGAGCGUGGGGCGGGGCUACGGCAUGGUGGAGGGCGAGGAGAGGCGGAGCUACGACGUGAGCACGCUGGCGGUGGAGGUGUGGCACAUCUUGGAGUUUGACUACAGCCGCCUGCCACGCCAGAGCAUCGGCCAGUUCCACGAGGGCGACACCUACGUGGUCAAGUGGAAGUACAUGGUGAGCACGGCAGUUGGGAGGAGGCAGAAUCCAGAGCAGGUGAGGACGGCGGGUGCCGGGAAAGAGAAGUGUUGCUACUUCUUCUGGCAGGGACGCAAUGCCACCGUCAGCGAGAAGGGAACGUCGGCGCUGAUGACCGUGGAGCUGGACGAGGAGAGAGGAGCACAGGUGCAGGUCCAGCAGGGGAAGGAGCCCCCCUGUUUCCUCCAGUGUUUUAAAGGAGGGAUGGUGGUCCAUGCUGGGAAGAGGGAGGAGGAGGAGGAGAACUCUCAGAAUGACUGGCGCCUGUACUGCGUGCGAGGCGAGGCCCCGGUGGAGGCCCACCUGCUGGAGGUGGCGUGCCACAGCAUCAGCCUGCGCUCGCGGGCCUCCAUGGCCCUGCUGAGCGUGAGCCAGGCUCUCAUCUACCUGUGGCACGGCUGCAAGACCCAGACGCACGCGCGCGACGUGGCGCGCACCGCCGCCAACAGGAUCAAGGAGCAGUGUCCCCUGGAGGCAGGGCUCCACACCAGCUGCAAGAUGACCAUCCAUGAGUUUGACGAAGGCUCGGAGCCCGUGGAAUUCUGGGAGGCACUGGGGAAGAGGGACAGGAAGACUUACGACUGCAUGCUUCAAGAUCCAGGGAAGUUUAACUUCACCCCCCGCCUCUACCAACUCAGCAGCUGCUCUGGGGAGUUUGUUGCCACGGAGUUCUUCUACCCCGCAAGAGAGCCCAGCCUGGUCAACUCUCUGCCCUUCUUACAGGAAGACCUGUACACUGCCUCCCAGCCAGCCCUAUUCCUGGUGGACAACCACCACGAGGUGUACCUGUGGCAGGGCUGGUGGCCUCAGGAUAUCGAGAGCCCCGGCUCCGCCCACAUCCGCUGGGAUGCAGACAGGAAGUGUGCCAUGGAGACAGUGCUGCAGUACUGCCAAGCGAAGAAUGAGAAGAAGCCCCCCAAGUCUUACCUGAUCCACGCCGGGUUGGAGCCCCUGACUUUCACCAACAUGUUCCCCAGCUGGGAGCACCGCGAGGACAUCGCUGAUAUCACCGAGAGGGAGGCAGAGGUGUGUAACCAGAUCAUCCUGGUGGAGGACGUGCUGGCCAGGCUGUGUAAGACGGCCUACCCCCUGACAGAGCUGCUGGCCCGCCCGCUGCCCGAGGGCGUCGACCCUCUGCGUCUGGAGAUCUACCUGUCAGAUGACGACUUUGAGGAUGUGGGGGCUUAUGGGAAGAAAGCGUUGGAAAUGUCGAGAGAGGAGUAUGAGUGCUUGCCUGGCUGGAAGCAGGUGAACGUGAAGAAAGCCAAAGGACUGUUCUAGAACGUUUGGGUGGAGAGCAAGAGAAAGCUAGCGGGGAGGAAGAUGGAGGUGAGCGGACAACAUUGGCGGUGUAAGUGGUGCAAGCCAGUAGGAAAAAAUAAAAUCAAAUAAAUAAUCAACCCCCCCAUCCAAGGAGACAUGGACGGGAGGGGGCCGGACGUUGGGGCGGAGGUGUGGCCAGCCUCUUGCCUGGUUUUCCUGUCUCUGUUCUUUGAUUUGUUUUUCACCUUUUCUGAGGCAAGCGAUGCGUGUGGCGUCUCUCUAGGAUGGACCUGUGUGCGUGCGUGCGUUUGUGUAUAAUGGACCAGGUCGUUUUUGUUGAGU